UACUCGGUGCGCGUAGCAAGUGUAAGCGGCUCUUGCUCUGUUUCUUCAUCAGAGUUCCGCCUUUAAUCUCCUCUAAUUCGGUUUUAUUUUUCCGCAAUUUGUGCUGCAUCAAAGUGACAAGCUAUUGAAAAACUAAUUGUCUAAUUAAAAUCGAAUGCAAAAAACACAGUUUGUGGCAGCGAAAAAUUUUGCUUGCGAGUGCUGUUGUAGAAAGGUUAUCGAUUUGCGUGAAAGUUGCAGGCUGCUGCAGAUUGGCGAAAGAAAAGGCAAAGAAAGUUUUCUGGAAAUGUGAAGACACAACAAAUAACAACAAUGGAAAACUUAAACUUUGCACGCACGCCGCAAUUUCUGCGCAAAGUUAUCUCCGAGGCGCGCAGAUCAUUUAUAAACAGCGACCCAUUUGCCGCCUCAUCCGCAAGGGGACGCUCGGAGACCGAAGAGGAGGCAUCAUCCGAAAUGGAGCUCGCCCACACUUUGACCCUCAACGAGGAGGCUCUCAAGCAGCUGCCCGAGCACAAGCGGCCGGUAUUUGAGCUGGAAUGGCUGCGCUACUUGGAGAAGGCGCUACCCCUGGUGUCCAAGCCGGAGAUCAAGGCCAGCCAGAAGAAGCUGGUCCAGCAGCUCUCGGAGCGAAUUCAGGGUGCCCCGGGGCCACCCAUUCGCAAACUCAUUGCCAGCGCACUGGCCACCCUCUUCUCCGUCGGCGACACCUUCAUGCUCUUCGACACCGUCAACGCCUGCAAUGACAUCCUGAAGAACAAGGACGACUCGCCCAGCUAUCUUCCUACCAAACUUGCCGCCAUCUGCGUGCUGGGCUCGAUGUACGAGAAGCUGGGUCGGAUGAUGGGGCGCACCUACGAGGACACGGUGCAGAUCCUAAUUCGCACCCUUCGAAACGCGGAGUCGCAGACGCGAAUUGAAAUCAUGCACACGUUAGAGAAGGUGAGUGCCGGCAUGGGCACCGCGAUCGCCAACGUGCACAAGGACAUCUACAAAGCGGCCAAGCACUGCCUGCUGGAUCGAGUGAUGGCCGUCCGAGUGGCCGCCGCCCGGUGCAUCCUCAAGAUGAUCUACAGUGCUCCAUUCCUGUACCAAACGGAGCUGGAGAGCCUGGGAACCCUGUGCUUCCGUGCCUUCGACGGGAGCAACUACGAAGUGCGGUGUGCGGUGGCUCAGCUGUUGGGCACUCUGCUGGCCUACACCCAACAACUCGCCGAGGCAGCGACUGGCAAGAAGAAGCAGGGCCAGGCGGUGGCCAUACAGGCGGCCAAGGGAGCUACUCAACGCUUGGUUUCCCUGGACGAGGCCCUGGGCAUCCUGAUGUCGGGCUUCCUGCGAGGAGGAGCCUCCUUCCUGAAGGGCACCGGAGAGAUAAUCAAGGGCAGCUCGGGAGUCAACAGAGAAGUUCGAGUGGGUGUCACCCAUGCCUAUGUGGUAUUUGUGCAAUUCAUGGGCAGCGUUUGGCUCGAGCGACAGCUGAGCACCUUCCUGGCACAUGUUCUGGAUCUGGUGGCCAAUCCCAAGGCAGCCUGCUCCCACGUGGACGCGGUGUACUCUCGCAAGUGCAUCAACUUUAUUCUCCGUUCGACGAUUGGCAAGAUGCUGGGCGAGAAGGCGCAGAGCGCCGCCUGCAAGGAGCUCAUCCACCUGGUGGCCAAACAGAUGAACUCCAUUGACUUCAAUCCCGAGAACGCCAAGGAUUCCAAUCAGGAGACGCUGUUCAGUCAGCACCUGCUGGUCUGCGCCCUGCAGGAACUAAGUUCCCUGCUCAUUGGAUUGGGAACCACGGCCCAGAACCUUUUGGGAGAUCAGUCGCUGCAAGCAAUUGAUGCCACCUGCGCCGUUUUGGUUCAUCCCUGUGCUGCUGCGCGCUUGGCUGCCGCCUGGUGUUUGCGUUGCGCUUGUGUGGCGGUUCCCGGUCAGAUCACGCCGCUGAUUGAUCGCUUCGUGGAGGCAAUCGAACAGAUGCGAUCCUCGCCGGAAGCAAUCGCCGGAUACAGCUGCGCUUUGGCGGCCAUUUUGGGAAGCGUUCGGUACUCACCGUUGGGCAUCCCCCACACCAAGGGCAAGGUCGUGUUCAACUGUGCGGAGGAGCUGCUGCGAUCUGCUUCCCAGAAUAGCCGCAUGUCGCUGCAUCGAACCCAGGCCGGCUGGCUGCUGAUCGGAGCCAUCAUGACUCUGGGAUCGCCGGUGGUCAAGGGCCUACUGCCGCGGAUGCUGCUGCUGUGGCGGAACUCGUUCCCCCGAUCCAACAAGGAGCUGGAGUCGGAGAAGGCACGUGGCGAUGCCUUCACCUGGCAGGUCACGCUGGAGGGCAGGGCUGGAGCGUUGUCCGUGAUGCACAGUUUCCUGCUCAAUUGUCCGGACCUGCUUAACGAGGACAUAACAAGACGGCUGCUCACGCCCAUCGAGAGCGCCCUGGCAAUGCUAGUCAAUUUGGCGUCGGUUCUGAAGAGCUAUGGCACACAGCUGAAGGCUCCGGCUGCCAUGGUGCGGUUGCGUCUGUUUGAAACACUUACGCUCCUGCCGGCGAAUGCAUUGGAGGCUUCCUAUACCCAUCUCCUUCGCAUGCUCGUCUCAGAGUUCACACUAUCGGACAACGCGGCAAACACCACAAACUCGCUGCUUCGGACGCUCUGUCAUGGAGACGAUUCCAUCAUUCUAGGCACCUGGCUGCAGGAAACUAACCAUCGCACCAUCGAGGAUCAGAUGGAGCCCAAUCGCAAAGUCGAUGGCGAGCAUUUGCAACCGAACAGCGCCGCAGGAUCUGGUGCUUUAGAGCAUGAUCCAUGCUGCCUGUACCGUCCCAGUUGGUCCGCCCAGGGGAGCGGCCCCAGCACCGGAGGUCCUACUUUGGCAACAUCCUCCGGCGAAAGCAGCCUCGGUGGAAGUAACAACAUCCAGCUAAUCAGCAAAGCGCAGCAGUGUCCAGGACCCUUGCCGCUCGGAGUGGCAGUGAUCGAUAUGGCAGUGACACUUUACGGUACGAUCUUCCCCAAGGUGGCCAACAAACAUAGGCUGCAGAUGCUGGAGCACUUUGCCGAGUGCAUUCGCCAGGCGAAGAGCAGUCGCCAGGAGGCCGUCCAAAUGAACAUCUUUACGGCUCUGCUUUGCGCUCUGAAGAACCUGACGGACAGCAAGACGAGUCUCGGCCAGGAGGAUGUCAGGAAGAGUGCGACGGCAUUAGUGGUUGCUUCGCUGACAAGUGCCAAUUCCACCAUUCGAUGUGCGGCUGGAGAGGCUUUGGGUAGAUUGGCCCAAGUGGUGGGCGACUCCCAUUUCACCGCGGAGUUGGCCCAGAAUAGCUUCGAUAAAUUAAAGUCUGCCAGAGAUGUGGUAACGAGAACGGGACAUUCGCACGCCCUGGGCUGCCUGCAUCGCUAUGUGGGUGGCAUGGGCUCAUCGCAGCAUCUGAGCACCAGUGUGUCCAUUCUGCUGGCCUUGGGUCAGGAUAGUGCAUCGCCUGUGGUGCAGGCAUGGUCUCUUUAUGCAUUGGCACAGAUUGCCGACUCUGGCGGACCCAUGUUCCGUGGCUACGUGGAGGCCACCUUGACGCUGUGCCUGAAACUCCUCCUCACCGUUCCCCAUGCGCACGUGGAUGUGCACCAGUGUGUGGGACGGGUAGUGAAUGCUUUGAUUACCACCGUGGGACCGGAACUUCAAGGAGGAGGUGGAGCGGUGGCCAGCAUGCGAGGAUCCUUCCUCUGCUCAGCAGCUCUCCUCCAAGCACAUGCGGAUCCCCUUGUGCAAGCAGAGGCCAUUGGUUGCCUGCAGCAGCUGCAUCUGUUCGCCAGCAAGUCCCUCCAAUUGGAGGAGCUGGUUCCGACGCUGGUCGGGAUGCUGGCCUGCAACUAUUUUAUACUGCGCAAGGCCUCCGUGUCCUGCCUUCGCCAGUUGGCCCAUCGGGAAGCUAAGGAAGUGUGCGACUUAGCGCUAACGAUUAAUGCCGAACAGCUUCCAGACUUGGUGAUCACGGAGUACGGACUGCCAGGACUGCUUUUCUCACUGCUGGACACCGAAACGGAUGCUGAGAUGCUGAGGAACAUACACGACACUCUCACUUCGAUGCUGCAAAUGCUGGCCGCUGAUAAUCUCAGCUCCUGGUUGAGUCUCUGCAAGAAUGUCCUAACCGUAGCUGUGGAAGGGGGACUCAAUGAUGACACCGCUGGCGGGGAGCAAGGCAAGGGCAAGGAGGCCGGAGGAGAAGAUGAGGAAGAGGACGAGGAGGAGGAGUACGCUGAUGAUGUAACAGAAUACCGAGCAGAGGAGAACACUUCCACGCAUCCGGCAGUGCAACCUAGGUGGCCCACUCGUGUUUUUGCCGCCCAGUGCGUCCGGCGGAUCAUUGCCAGCUGCGAAGCCGCAAGUUCAGUUCACUUUGAUCUCCUGCAGGCCAAGGAACAGCAACUCAUUCGCUCGCGCGGAGACUAUCUCAUCUUACACUUGGCGGAACUUAUUCGAAUGUCCUUCAUGGCCGCCACCUCCGAUUCGGAUCAGCUGAGACUAGAAGGCUUGCGCACCCUGCAGGAGAUCAUCGAUCGAUUUGCUAACGUUCCAGAGCCAGAAUUCCCUGGUCAUCUGCUGUUGGAGCAGUUCCAGGCCCAAGUCGGGGCCGCAUUGCGCCCAGCUUUUGCCCCGGACACGCCCUCCCAUGUCACGGCCGCCGCUUGUGAAGUUUGCUCAGCUUGGAUUGGAUCUGGAGUAGCCCGCGAUAUUGGAGAUCUAAGAAGAGUUCACCAGCUGCUUGUGAGCUCCCUUAGCAAACUGUCCUCGAAAACCAAUAGCACGCAGUUGUACAACGAAUCCAUGGCCACCCUGGAGAAGUUAAGCAUCUUGAAGGCCUGGGCGGAGGUCUACAUCGUAGCCAUGUUGGGAAAUGGAAAGGCUCCCGCUUCUCUCCUCAAUCUUCAAUCUCAACAGUCCGGCUUGCAAGCCCUAACCAACGUGGAAACGGAUCAGGAUCUCCCUGACAGUCGAGGGGAGAGCCUUUUAGGCUUAGUGCAACCAGAGCUCCACAAUCUGUCCACACACUGGCUUAGUGCCAUGAAGGACCACGCGUUGCUGCUUCUCCCGGCGGAAUUCCAAUCCCAACUUCCACACGACGGAGGCGCGUUCUAUACUACGGAUACAAUUAACUCCUCAAAGCCACAUUACAUGACCAGUUGGCCUCCAAUUCUCUACGCCUCCGCAUUGUGGUUGAGGGAUGAGGGAUUCGCCCGCCAUCAAGAUACAAGUGAAACCACAGCAGAGUCGAACAAUAACCAGAUAACCCAUGGCUCCCUAUCUGCGGAUCGCUUUCACAUGAUUUUCGGCAUUUGCAUGGAGGCUCUCUGCAGCAUGCGAAGUUCUGAGAGACCCAAGAAUAUCGUCAGUUGCCUACGAUCGCUGCACAGCAUCUUUGAUUCGGAUUGGGCAAGGAGGCAGUUGGUCAGGGACCGCGCCCUUACCAUUGAACUCUGUCACGUUCUACAUCGUCAGAUAUUGACGAGGGAUGAAUUGCUGGUGCAACUACUGUGUGUGGAGAUUCUGAAGCAAACGAUUCGCGCAGCGAGGGAAGAUCUGGAGAGGAAACGGGACGAUAACGCGAAUUCCGAAGACGGAAAGGGUGGAGAGCGACUGGGUGAAGAUGACUCAAUGCAACCAGGAAGUUCCCAUGUCUACGCCGUUCUGGAAGUUUGUCUUUGCCUGUUCGUCCGCCAAAUUCCUACCAUGAACCCCACAAGGCAAGGAACUGGUGGCUCCGGACUGCAGCUGGACUUUGCCUAUGCUAAAAUGGCCACUGGCUCCUCCUUCUUCUCCGUUCUGGGCGAUGACAACGGCUUGCUGGUGGCCAGCGGUCUGCAGUGCGUCGAACAGUUGUUAGAUCUGUGCACUCCCAAAGGUGCCCUGGCAAUCCUGCCCACCGUCCUGUAUAUGACUACCACUAUCGUUAAGGAAAUCGCCAACAAGUCAGCUAUAGAUAGUACCAUACUGGCAAACACUAGUGCCGUGAAGGCUGCCCUGCAGUGCUUGCAGUCCGUUUGCGUCCACAAGUGGGCCAAGGUGGACGAGACAACCGAGGAAUGGCAGCAGUUGCUUCAGAGUGCCCUGGCAACUAUCGUGGAUCUUACUAAAACUGCUGGAGAUAACGAUGAGAGGAAAGUCGAUGAGGUCACCAUGCUGCUUGCAAUCACUGUAUUCAUCCUGCAUACGCCCGCCUCCGUUGUGGCCACCCCCUCCCUGCAAUAUCCGUGCAUCAAUCACUUUCGGCAGUGUCUGCAGUCGGAACACCUUUCUGUAAAGCUGCGCUGCAUUGAGACCACGCGAUCGAUCUUUGCUCGGGCUGAACUAAAGACCGCAACUCCCUACAUCCAUGCUCUGGCGCCCAGGAUAAUCGAGUCUCUGUAUGCGGAGUCCAGCAAGAUGCCUACAAGCGAACUAGAGCUGCAGGUAACCGUUGAGAGCAUCGUUACCGUGGAGCAGCUGAUCGAUCUAUCGGAGCCACAGCAUCGAAACAUGAACUUGCUACAAGACAUUCAAAUGCUGACUCUGUUGGUGCCGGUGCUCAUUGGAUUCCUAGCUGAACCCAGUCGUUUUAGGACGCUGCCCAAGUACCAGAGGCAGUUGCACGACCAGGCUCUGCAGUGGCUGCUCAAGAUCGGACCCAAGUACCCGCAGGAGUUCAAGGCUUUAAUGGGCCAAACACCGGAGCUGAGACAGAAACUAGAAGCGGCCAUACGCAGCCAACAGCAGUCGAUAAACAUUGCAGCAAAAGCAACGGAGGCACAGAGGAACCUGUUGGCCAAGCCACAGAAGCCCACGAUCAAGCUAAAGACGGAUUUCAGCAAUUUUCAGUGAGAAAAGCCACUAGGAAACAGAACAAAAGUCCACAACCAGCUAGUGCUAUCGUGAAAAUGCUUUGCAAAAAAUUGAUACCCCAUGUAAAUUAUUAGGAAUUGGUUCUUUUGAUUUUGAAUUUGAGGAAUUAAUAUUUAUUCAAAUCCGGGCCAUUUCGCUUUUGGGCAUAAAGGUUUGACUCUACAAUUGUUCUCAAUGGCAACAAAUUAUGAAUUUGUUGAGCAGCGUUACGAGCGAUCAGCCUUAAAAGUGAUUGUGCGAUUGAUAACAUAACAUAAACAUAAAAUUGUUCGUACAGCUUGUGUUUUAAACAAUAUAAUCUUAUUUGCUCAUUAAGACAAUUUGGUUAAAAAAAUAAUUUAUUUCAUAGGAAGAUUAAACGUAAUAUAUGACCUUUACUAAGCGAAGCAACAAUUGUUUAUUUCACUCAGAAACUCGAGCCACCCUAAUGCACAUCGCUGAGGUAAUCCUGCGGUCCGGCAUUUGUUUUUGCUAAAUGUGAAACACAAUGAAUGUACCUACAAGUUUAUACAUUAUUUGUUAGCUAUUGUAAUGAAUUAUUAUACAACGCGAUAUAAAGUAAAAAUAAAACUUAUAAAGCUUAACUUUA